AUGCAAAAAGUUAACACAAAGCUUGCAGUAAGCUCUUACGGAGAAGAUGAAAUCAUUAGUCUUAUUCAAACGCUCUACAUAAAACAACCUCUAUCAAGCACCUCAAUCUCUGGACAUGAUGAGGAGCCAGAAUGGGCAGAAUACAAAAUCAAAGAAACCAAUAUGUUCACUGCAGAUAAAUAUCAACAGAUUGGCUUUUUCCCCAAUGAGAAGGCUUUUGCUCUAAGGUACCAGACAGCUGGCAUGUUAGAAACUGUGUUAAGGCAAGGGGUGCUGGGUGAAGAUGACACUGGAGAAGAAUCACCAAAAAACCUUAAGCUUCCUUCUCGCCAGCCUUCUAUUGUUUGUGAGAAUUGCCUAUACUCACAAGAGAAAGACAGGCGAGCAAGAGCCUUUCAUAUCAUGGACCCUAAAGGCAUUUUGGAAAUGCUUCUUAUCUUCCUUGAGGAUAGAGGUGAUGGGGUGCUUUUUCAUCCUUCACUCGAAAGUAACAUUGAUAGCACAAACAGGAUCUUACCAUUUCUUGGUAAGUGGAAAGGUCAUUCUAGAACAAAACGCAGUGGUGUUUAUGGAGCAACAAUUGCUGAAGCUGAUACAGUUGCUUUACUUGACAUGGAUGAUAAUAGUCAGCUAAUCCAGGAUAUUUCUUCCACGUCUGAUGGACUUCAUGUUACAACUAAUGUGCACUGGACUGGUACCAGAUCAGAUGACUUGGUCACAUUUGAUGGAGGAUACCAAAUGACGUUCUUGCCCGGAGGCAUGUACAUGGGGUGUCCUUCUAACAUUGCUAAGAGUGUGGCAGAGUCCAAGUCAUUUCAUUUGGAGUUCUGUUGGCUGGAAUCACCUGGGAAGAGACAAAGACUGGUUAGAACCUACGAUACAGAAGGCUUGGCUGUCUCAUCCACUUAUUUUUUUGAAACAAAAAUGUGA